AUGGAGUCAUCUCCUACUGUUGUAUUUACUUUAAAUUUUAUUGCAAUCAUUCCUUUAGCUAGACUAUUGGGCUUUGCAACUGAAGAAAUUGCUUUGAGGUCUGGUUCUACUAUUGGUGCCUUACUUAAUGCUACAUUUGGUAACGCGGUUGAAUUAAUCUUGGGCGUUAUUGCUUUAAAAGAAGGCUUGAUUCGUGUCGUUCAAGCAUCUGUAUUAGGCUCUAUUUUAUCUAAUCUUUUAUUGGUUCUCGGUUGCUGCUUCUUUUUGGGUGGCAUUACCAGAACAGAACAAAAGUUCAAUGUUACAGCUGCCCAAACUUCUUGCUCACUUCUUGCAUUAACUACAUUAUCAUUGUUAAUACCUGCUGCUUUUAUUGCAUCCACACCAGAUGAUGACACAGCUGAAAGUAUUCUGGAACUGAGUCGCGGUGUUUCGAUCGUUUUGUUGAUUGUUUAUAUUUUAUAUUUAUUAUUUCAAUUAAAGACACAUACUUUUCUGUACGAAGAUGAAGAAGAUGAAACAGAAUUACCUUCCACAUCUCUGUCAUUCUCUAUUGCAAGUUUACUUGUUAUUGCAAUUAUUGUUUCUGUUCAUGCAGAAUAUCUUGUUGGAGCUAUUGAAGGUGUCGUGCAAAAGUGGGGUAUAAAUGAAACCUUCGUUGGCCUUAUUUUACUACCAAUUGUCGGAAAUGCGGCAGAACAUGUUAGUGCAGUAACAUUUGCUAUGAAGGACAAAAUGAACUUAUGUAUAGGGAUUGCUGUAUCCUCUUCUCUUCAAAUUGGGUUAUUAGUUACGCCCACUUUAGUCUUGGCUGGUUGGGCUAUUAAGCAACCCAUGUCUUUAUUCUUUGAAGAUUUUGAAACUGUCAUUCUGUUCGCUAGUGUACUCAUAGUAAACUAUUUAAUUGGAGAUGGUAGAUCAAAUUGGCUAGAAGGUGUUUUAUUAUUGUCAUCUUAUGUAAUUAUUAGUAUGGCUCUUUAUUUGUAUCCAUAA